GCGCGACGCCGGUGCCGUAUACCCGGACACUAAGACGAUCAAGAGUGGUCAAUCCACAACGUCAAGGCACAAAUAAUAACAGGUACGGAAGGGUCCAGAAUUUUUCCUAAUGGUGGCCAUUUGUGUUUUCCCGAAGAGAGCGUAAAUAUCUACGUCACGACAUCCUCCUUUUCAUUUCAAUGUUCACUCCAACUUCACAACCAUCACCGCUCUUUUCGUCGGCCAAAACAUGGACAGGAUAGAACGAAUUCUGUCGCGUCCGGUCGCUAAACCGUAUCGAAGCAGCAAGAUCGACCCCUCGGCUAAACCGCACCUCAACCAAGAUGGCCAUAUUGACUUUGCUCCCGGUGACGUCGAAAAUCCCAAGGAGUGGUCUGCCCGGCGACGAUGGUAUUGCACGAUAGUCUCUGUCUUGCUUGUGGUCAACGCAACUUUCGCCUCGUCCAGUCCUUCAGGGUGUGUCGGGAGCAUAUCCAAACAAUUCCACGUUUCCGAGGAAGCGGCUGGUCUGGUCGUCACGUUGUUCCUGCUGGGCUAUUGUGCAGGACCGUUGGUCUUCGCGCCAUUGUCCGAAUUUUAUGGCCGACGAUAUGUUUUCCUAGUCACCUUCACCUGCUACAACGCCUUCAACUUCCUCUGCGCGUUUGCGCCCAACUUCGCGUCUUUGCUCAUUGGUCGUUUGUUGACCGGCACUUUUGCGAGCGCGCCCCUGACUAAUGCACCUGGCGUGUUGGCUGAUCUCUGGGGUCCUAUUGAGCGAGGGAACGCCAUGGCUGUCUUCUCAAUGAUGACCUUUGUGGGCCCAUCGAUGGGACCGGUCGUUUCCGGCUUCUUGGAACUCAAAGAGGAUUGGAGAUGGAACUUCUAUGUCUUGCUCUGGCUGGGUGGCGUCACCGAGGUGUUGAUGUUGACAAUCCCCGAAACGCAUCCCGGGACCGUCUUGAUCAACAAAGCACGACGCAUCCGGGGAACUCGAGUCGAAGAACAUGCUCAUCUCAAAGCCCCUUCCGAAGCACAAGGCCGGAGUCUGACGAGUAUGUUCAAGAUCGCCCUCGUCCGGCCGUGGCAGAUCUUGUUCGAUCCGAUCUCGCUUCUCGUCGCCAUUUACCUCUCGAUUGUCUAUCUGCUGCUUUACAUGCUCUUCACAAUCUACCCUAUCGUUUUCCAACAAAAGCGGGGCUGGAACGCUGGGGUAGGAGAGCUACCGCUGAUCGGUACCGCAGUGGGAGCUUGUAUAGGUGGUGCUUUCGUUUUCGCCGUUUCCGCACGUGAUAAGAAGAAGAUGCUCGCCGGCGUCCCUCGAAGUCCCGAAGAUCGCCUUCCCGUCGCCAUGCUCGGCGGCAUCCUUUUCGCGGUCACCAUGUUCUGGUUCGCGUGGACUGGCGAGUUCAACAGCAUCCACUGGUUCGUUCCAACCCUCGCCGGCACAUUCCUCGCCGCGUCCAUCCUGUUGAUCUUCGUUGCGUAUCUCAACUACCUCACCGACACUUACUUGAUGUACACGGCGAGCGCCAUGGCUGCGAACACCAUUUGUCGAUCAGCCUGUGGGGCUGCCGCGCCUCUCUUCACGCAGUACAUGUUCGAUGCCCUUGGUGUCGGUGGUGGGGGAUCUCUUAUCGGCGGUGUGGCCUGUCUUCUCGCGCCCAUUCCUUUCAUCUUCUACAAGUACGGCCAUUCUAUCCGGGAAAGAAGCAAAUUUGCGCCUACGUCGCUUCCGAAACCGAAUGAUGAAGAGAAGCAGGAUAACGAUGUUCCGGUAGACACGGGGAGUCGAAGGUCGAGUACGACCGUCAGUGUCACUAGUAGCCAGUCGUCCCUGGAAUCUGGACACGAUGGUCCGAUCGUCGAGAGACCCGAAGAGGAACAUCCUAAUGUCAUUGCAGAGACUGAAGACAGGUCACAUACAGUAGAGCCUUGACUGGAACACAAGAGCAUCACUUACUCGUCGUUGGUUCCAACGAGCGGCCA